GUGGGAAGUUUUGGUUGGGGUUCCCACUUUGCACUUCUUCACAUGAGCCAUCACUGUCACUAUAAAUAAGCAUUGCCCCCACAAUUAUUUAUCAGUGUUUCUAGACUAGCUUAGGCUGUGAGAGACUGACUGGAUAGAGUACAAUUUUGUCUUCUGGUGUGAGUUUUCUCGAGGAGGUGAGUUUGGGGAAGAUCGGGAUGGCGAAGGAUGAAGGGAGUGUUAGUGAAGUCACCGGUCCAGCUCCUCGUGUUCUUUUCGUCUCCGCUGGUGCUAGCCACUCGGUGGCUCUUCUCACUGGGGACAUUAUUUGCUCUUGGGGACGAGGAGAGGAUGGGCAAUUAGGUCUUGGAGAUGCGGAGGAUCGGCUCUCUCCUACAAAAUUGAGUGCAUUAGAUGGUCACGAAAUUGUAUCGAUGACAUGUGGAGCUGAUCAUACAACAGCAUAUUCAGAAUCACGUUUGGAAGUUUAUAGCUGGGGAUGGGGUGAUUUCGGGAGGUUGGGACAUGGUAACUCUAGUGAUGUGUUUAUCCCCCAAUCAAUUAGAGCAUUGUGUGGUCUGAGAAUCAAGCAAAUUGCUUGCGGGGACAGCCAUUGUUUAGCCGUGACUAUGGAAGGCGAGGUGCUGAGUUGGGGCCGAAAUCAAAAUGGUCAACUUGGCCUAUGCACCACAGAGGACUCUCUUGUUCCACAAAAGAUUCAAGCUUUCCAGGGCAUACCAAUCAAAAUGGUUGCUGCUGGCGCUGAACAUACAGCAGCUGUUACAGACGAUGGGGUGCUCUAUGGGUGGGGCUGGGGCAGAUAUGGAAACUUGGGCUUAGGUGACAGAAAUGAUCGUUUAGUUCCUGAGAAAGUUUCUACAGUCAAUGGUGAUAGGAUGGAUAUGGUUGCCUGUGGAUGGCGGCACACAAUAUCUGUCUCAUCAUCUGGAGGUUUAUACACUUAUGGUUGGAGCAAAUAUGGUCAAUUAGGACAUGGGGACUUUGAGGAUCACCUUGUCCCUCAUAAGUUGGAAGCAUUGCGUGGCAGUUUCAUUUCACAGAUAGCCGGUGGCUGGAGACACACAAUGGCACUUACUUCUGAUGGAAAACUCUAUGGCUGGGGUUGGAAUAAGUUCGGUCAGGUUGGAGUUGGUGACAAUGUCGAUCAUUGUUCUCCUGUUCAAGUUACAUUUCCCAAUGAGCAGAAAAUUGUUCAAGUAUCAUGCGGAUGGAGACACACACUUGCUAUUACUGAACGACAAAAUGUAUUCUCUUGGGGAAGGGGUACAAAUGGACAGCUUGGGCAUGGGGAAUCUGUUGACCGAAAUACUCCAAAAAUCAUUGAGGCAUUGAGUGUUGAUGGAUCUAGUGGACAGCAGAUAGAGUCCUUGACACUUGAUCUGUCAACAGGUAAAACGUCGGUCUCCCCAUUAGAUAGAUAUGCAGUUGUUCCUGACGAAACUGGCCAAACAUUGAAUUCAGUCAGAGGCAAUGGGAAUGAAGCAAGCGUUCCUGAAACUGAUGCCAAACGAUUGCGUGUUGAUCCCAGAUAGAAUCUUUUUGUGACACAGGUAGAACCUGCCUUUUGUGCGUCCUACUGCUUUGUGUAAGUGCAGUGCAAUAGUGUUUGGGACUCAGCUGACCUGCUAGUUUAGGAUGGACAAGUACGUGGAGAGGAGGGGGGG